AGCUGUCAGUCCGUCACGCACACUCUUGGCGACCGGAGGCUCAAACCCAGACGAUGUCGCAAUCUUUAAGUUGCCUUCGUUUGACCCUGUCGCUAUUCUUCAGAGUCACGAGAACUGGAUGUUUGCUGCUGCUUGGGUUCGCGACAGUCACCUCAUUACAG